CACAGGCCUAGCUUGGUUUUCCUCUCACUCCUGGCCUUAGAUAUUGCUAGUCACUGGCUCCAAAUGUACAGUACAUUUCUAUCAGGGAAGACCAGCCAUAAGGAUGUGAAAGAUAGCACGAGCUGGCUGUUUAGACUAUACUAUGGUAACCGUAUGUUCAUGGGUUAUUGCUGUGUUUCCUGCGAGGUUCUUUACAUAAUCCUCUUUCUCAUAUCAAAGAACCAUACUGAAAAUCUGAUGAGCGUAGUAGUUGAAUCAUACCAGUUUUCACCGCUCUCUUUACUCUGCUUGAGUAUAUUCGGUUGGUCGAUCAAGCAGUUCAUCAAUGUGAUUCAGAUGAAAACGGCUGCAGAUGUUUGUGUCCUGUAUGACAUAGACAAGCAGCAUAAGCCCUGAGUUUUUGUGCUCUUUGAAUCGUCUUUGUUUCUUUUAAACUCUUUUGUGUAUGACACUGUGUACAUAUAUGGAUGCAUCUUGCUUAAUGGUGGAUGUAGAUAUACCCUUUGUCUUGCCUUUGUUUUCUAUAAUAUGAAAGAUCCUUUUAACUA